GAAGAAGCGAGCGGGUAGUUUGGUUGACUCCACAGUGAGUCACAUGAGUCGAAUUAAAGCCAGUCACAUGAGUUGUUUUCGUUGUGUAUUUCCGGGAUAGAGAGGAGAAUUUGAAUGGUUUAUGAUUGAGAGAAUAUCCAAUGGAGCAAGAGGGAAGGGAGGAGGAGCAGCCAUCAUCAUCGCAGAGUGACCCUGCACCUACCAGCGACCACAAAGACUUUGCUUCUACAGACUCCAGUUCAUUGUGUGCAGAAUUAAGCCCUCUGGAGGACAUAGUAUUUGUGGAUAAGCAGGCUGUUGAGAAGCUAACCAGUGGACUCAUCUCUCAUUACCUACCUGACUUGCAGAAUUCAAAACGGGCCCUUCAGGAAUUAACACAAAAUCAGGGGAUAUUGCUUGAUACACUGGAACAAGAAAUAACAAAAUUCAGAGAGUGCAAUUCGCUGCUGGACAUGCAUUCACUGUUUACAGAGGCAAAGUUCUACCAUAACAAAUUAGUGAGCAUACGUAAGGAAAUGUUGAUGCUUCAUGAGAAAACAACAAAACUAAAGAAAAGAGCUUUGAAGCUUCAGCAGCAGAGACAGAAAGAAGCCCUUGAAAAAGAGCAACAACGCGAGAAGGAGCUUGAAAGAGAGAGGCAACUCAUUGCAAAACCUGCCAAAAGGACAUAGGUCCACCUAUAACAAGUGUGGACUACUGUCAUUGACGUUAGUUUUAUGUGUCCAAGGAAGCUGCCAGAAUUGUGCCUCUCAUGACAAACUAGUGGUGUAUUCCACAGGUAGCAUUGUAUGCAGAAGCCACUAUAUGAGGUUUUGCAUCCACUCAAACAGCCCUGCAAACAGUAUUACUGUAAGUAAUACUAUUUUAGAAAUUAAAAUAUUUAUUGUCUGGAAUUCAUUUCCUUGUUAACUGAUUGAAGUUUUAAUGCCCCAAUGGUACCCGCACUCUGUAUAUCUUGAAAAAUUCAACAAAAAUUUCAACUGGUAUUACUUUGUACUUGGGCCUAAUUAACAUUUUAAUUAAUAUGAACAUUUAUUCUGCUAUUGAGACCCAAGUAAUGUGCCAUAGAAGUGAGGAUACAACAUUUUUUACUGUGCCAGGUAUGAAGUACAUUAACAUAUCAGAACUUUGCAUAUGAUUUUUCAUUUUGUGUCAUUUAUGUUCUCCUAUUUUGAAAUAUUGCCCUUUAGGUUACAGGAUGCAAAGCUUGUAGAUUCCAAUCAUCUAAUGAAUAUCUAAUAAUUAAAAAACAGUUGUGUUGAACAUGUAGCCAUAUUUAUUUCAACUUAUUUAACAAACGGUACUGUCAAUGCUUCAGCACAAGAUACUUUACAUUAGAUCAAUAUGAUACCUGAGUGACUCAUUUGUAGUGCACAUUUUGUCAAAUCAGUCAAAUCAGAUUUUAGAUAUUUAUGUCUGAACUGGAUUGUAAGGUAUAUAUGUGGGUCCCAUCUUUUGAGAUUGAUUUGACUCAUCACUGGUGUUAGUCGGUGAAUAGCCAUGCUAAAAUGCUUUACUGUAAUUCCCUGGCAAUAUAGUGUUCCAGUGUUUGUUACUGAAUCCCAAAUAUGGAAACCCAAAGUCUGAUAUUGAAUAAAGUGUUUCAGAUCAAAUUUAGUGAAAUACUUAAAGUAGAUGGUAGUUUAUCCACAAUGGAUGUCCAAAUGUAAUAUUUAUCAUAUUUUUUCAUGAGUGAUAUCUCUGUAAAUUUGAGCUGGCUUACAUCACUGAAGGACGUUCAGGUAACAGAAAACUAUUUGGUUAGAGUAUUAGCGUACACAGAAAUGGUUCCACAAUUGUGUCCAACAUUUCUUGGUUUUUACUUGGAUCCUCUCUGAACUGAAUUGAGAAUUAUUACUUUAAUUUGAUGUGGAAACACAAUAUAGAAAGUAUUUGGAAAGUGAGCCCAAAUUAAAACUUUUUUGACUAUG